GGAGGAGGGCGCGGCAGCCCCGGCGCCCCCCACUCUUGCCCGGCCCCUCUGCCUCGGGCCAAGCGGCGAGUCGAGCAGGCCGGCCGGCUGGCUGGCUGGCUGGCGUGCGGCGGCGAUGCGACCCUCCGGAGCGGGUCGUCUUCCUCCUCCUCCUCUUCCUCCUCCUCCUCCUCCUCCGCCGCCUCCUCCACUCCGGCGGGCUCCCGUAUCCUGAAGCCGGCGGCCUCCGUGCGCAGCGGCUCCGCCUGCCCCUCUCCGCGCUCCAGGAUGCCGGACCAAGCCUCGGGCAACGUCCAGGCCGCCUCCGCGCGGGUCUCCUCCUUCUUCAUCGCCAACCUGCUGGCGGCCCAAAGCAAGAGGCGGCGGCGGGAGGGCGAGGAAGAGGAGGAAGGAGAGGAGGAAGGAGGAGGAGGAGGGGAGGAGGAGGCCGGACCCGGCCAGGAGACGCCGGCGCCCCCCCGCCCCUGCCCCCUGGCCUGCUGCCAGCCCCCGGGAGCGACCCGCCUGGAGCUGAGGAGCGCGCCGCUGCGCCAAAGCGCCCGGGAGUGGUACCGGCGGGCGCGCAAGGCUUUCAGGAGCUGCGCCAGCCCGGAAUCCAGCGACAGAGACUCUCCGGAGACUCCCGACGGAGCCACCGCGGAGAAGGCCAGCGGCGAGCAACAGGGGGCCAGCCAGCCCAAGCCCCCCGAGGAGAGCCAGGAGGCCGGCAGGGCGCGUUCCGGACCCCGAGCCGACGACAAGCAGCGGCCGGAGUCAGCGGAGGCGGGCGAGGCGCGGGCCGGCGGGCGCAAGAAGAAGACCCGGACGGUCUUCAGCCGCAGCCAGGUCUUCCAGCUGGAGUCCACCUUCGACGUGAAGCGCUACCUGAGCAGCUCGGAGCGGGCCGGCCUGGCCGCCUCGCUGCGCCUGACCGAGACGCAGGUCAAGAUCUGGUUCCAGAACCGGCGCAACAAGUGGAAGCGCCAGCUGGCCGCCGACCUGGAGGCCGCCCAGCUGCCCCCGUCCUCUAGCCGGAGGAUCGUGCGCGUCCCGGUCCUGUACCACGACAGCUCGCUGGCCGGCAGCGCCCUGGCGGCCUUGCCCCUCUCGCCCCACGGGCCGCCCCCGCCGCCCCCGCUGCUCGGCCUGGCCGGCGGCCCGGUGGCUUAUCCGCUGAGCGCCUUCCCCGCCGGCGCAGCGCCCUUCCUGCGGGCGCCGGUCAGCGGCUUGGUCUAAGGCUGCUCCGCUCGUCUCGGCAGCGGCGUCGGAAGAAGCGCCGGGGGAGAAGAUUGAGCCAAGGCGGCGGGCAAGGCAGGUGCCAGGGAAGGGUCUCCAGCGGUCAGGAGCUGAAGAGGGGUUUUUUUUUUCUUUUUUCUUCCCCCCCCUUCCUCUCUGCCCCCCCCCCGUGGUUUUGGCGGAGCUGAGCAGGAAAAAAAACAAAACUGGAAUUUGCCUUGAAUUCUUUCCCACUCCGAAGACUCUGCUUCUAAACCCAGCCUUAUAUAUAUAUAUGUAUGUAUGUAUGUAUGUAUGUAUGUAUGUAUGUAUGUAUGCAUGCAUGCAUGCAUAUAUAUACAUAUAUGGGUGUUUGUAUGUAGGUCUUUGGUUAUUCGGG